GAGUGUUGCCAUUUGCCAAAAAGUGCAUUAAGACUGAUUAAGUAAGAUUUAUUUGUCUUUGUGGAUUAACGAAACAUGGAUGACAAAUGAGACGAUAGUUCUUUAUGCGCGAUCUUCAAAUUUAAUGGUUCGGCAAAAAGCCACUCAAUGUAUGACAUCUUGCAAAAGCCGCUAAGCGGGCGCUAACUGCAAUAAUGAGACAAUCGCUAGCACGCUACCGGUUAUUUGUUGAAGUUGUGCAGUUGGUCUCUUCAUCUUACAGAAAUUUAGCAAAAUGGCUACCAAUCAGAUAUGAGUUUAAUCAAGGUUUUAAACCUUUUUGGAUAACUCAUUCAUAGAUUAGUAUGGCCUGGCCUUUAAGCUCCCCUGUUAAUGCUUCUAUAAUACAGCAUAAUAUGAGUGAUAUUCUAAACUGUAACAAAUCUUAUGUUAAUAAUGGAAGUGAAAAAGUAAAUUUGGAAAAAAGUUGUCAGACUGACAAUAGUCUGCAAGUUUCCAAUUUGAAAAGUUCAUGUACAUCAUAUGGUGGUUCUAACUGUGAUCUUUAUUUUGAAUGUCAGUCCAUAGCUGAGACAGAAGAAAAAUUAUCAGAAAUUGCCUUCCACCCAAUCUUUUUUUCUGCUGUGGAAAAGGCAUGCUGCAAAAAAGUUCCAGAAGAAAUUUUGCUAGAUACCAAAGAAACCCAAACCACAGCUAAUGUCCUUCAAGUUCAAACAUCCUCUACACAUUCUCUGCCUUAUUCAAACCCAUGUACCAUACAAUGUGGAAGUGACUCGCUGAAUGUUGAAUCUGACCAUCAUAUUAGUCCACUAGAAACUGUAGAUGAGGAUGUAGUGCAAAUUCAUUUGGAUCCUGCUAUUUAUACUUCAGAUAAUCCUAAGCCUGUACUUGCUAAUGAAAGUCUUAUGACUGCAAAUGCUCCAGUUCCAGUUCCAAGAAAAAGAAAGCUGCAAGACUGUACAUUGAAUACUGCCAUGGACUGUGUAACAACCCUUGAACCACUCGCACAAGCUGCUGCUGAUUCAAAUCACACUGAUAAAGGAUGUGUGACUAUCUUGUCAACUGAUACCAAUAAUACUUUGUUGCUGGGAGAGUCUGUGAAGAAACUGGAGAUUGAGCCUUCAAAGUCCACUACUGAAGAUGGCAGUAAAGGCAGCAAGAAUGAUCAAAAUUCCCCUUGCUCUGGGGAAAGCCUUGAUACUGUUUGUCUUGUAACUGCUGUCCAGCCAGUUCCACCUCUUCCAGUUAGUCUCAAAUUCUCCCAUGACUCACUUGAGAAGAAAAGCACUAGGAGUUGGAAUAAUGUUUGUCAAGGUAACUCUCGGGGUAAGAGAGGUAAAAAUCGGAACAAUAGAGGACAAAGAAGAGGUGGCCUCUCUGUAACCUUCAGUAACAACAAGUCAAGCAGUGAAAUGGGAAAGAAUUUUUCCAAGUGUCAAAAUAACAAUGAAGAUGAAAACAUUCCUGAGUUUGGGGCUGCACUGACAUAUUCAGAGGAAGGUCAUGAAAUUGAAGAAGGAAAUUCAAAUGAAGCUGGUCCUUCUACUUGCGACCAGUCCACAGACCAUGAUGACUCAAAUGAUGCUCACUUAUCUGAUCAAAGCAAUGCUGAUGACGACAUCAAUGAAGGUGGCUUCUUCAAUAAAAAUGAUGACAACAAUAGCAAGAAUCUCUGUGCAAGUAAUCAGGACAAAGGUGGAAACAACAAUAAGAAUAACAACAAUAAUAAAGGAAGUAAUAAUACAAAAUGGAACCCAAACCACAACAAUAACAACAACAAUAAAGGAGGUGGAGGAGACCUGAAGUGGGAUGCAUUUUAUCAGCAAGCAAAGCAUCUGUGCUACAGCAUUGGGCUGCUGAAGCGCAGCAACGGUCCCGGCUACACUCUCGAGUCCCUGUGCCUGCAGUUCCAUUACAGGUUCCUGGUGUUCUUCUUUGGCAUCUGCUACUUCAUUGUGAUGUUGAACUGGUUUGUGAAUGAAAAAAUAGUGUGCUACGAGCUUCAAUGGCCUGAUAAGCCACAUAUACCUAAAGGACAUUCCAGCAAUGUGUGCCUAUCAUAUCCAUAUGUUGAGGUGGAAAAUAAGCAUCGGCGAUAUCUGCUCUUCUACCGCUGGGUGCCCUACAGCUUCCUGCUGGUGGCGGCGCUGUUCUACACAUUGAGGGCAGGACUGGUCAAGAAGUGGGAGGACACACGACUGGCCGCGCUCUACAAGGAUGUCUGGAAUGAGCGGUGCAAGUAUGUUAUCGGAGGAUGGGAAAACACCAACCAUCUCGUGGUUCAGUAUCUGCAGACUGGACAGUCGGUAUCAAGCCAUUACGUUCGCUGGAUUUUGUGCCAUGUCUUCGCUAACCUCGUCGACCUUGUGGCUGUCCUUGUUUUCCAAUUCGUCCUGCAGGGCGAAUUCGUGUUGCUUGUGCCCAAUGUGCUUCAUGGCCUGGAGCGCAACCCCGCAAACUUCACUGAUAAGCUAUCCAUCAUCUUCCCACCAUUUACCAAGUGCCAGAUCAGCGCGGCUCACAAAAUAAUAGUUAAUGGAAUUGAGAUCAACUUUGGCUGUCAUUUAACCCUCAUGGAGCUCUACGAGAAGAUUUUCAUCAUUACGUGGUUUGUGCUUGCCCUGCACUGGCUGUGGAGCUUUGCUAUGGUCAUAUGGCUCAGUAUUGGUAUGGUGCCGUUCUUUGGUAAGUUCAGUUGUGUCGUCACAGGUCGUCUUAUCAACAGGAAGUCCGCAGCUAUCAUGGUGAAGGCUGUCAGAGUCUGUUCUAUGGGAGACGUACACGUGUUGUGUCUCGUAAAGAAAUGGAUGAGUAACGCUCAAUUCGAGCAGCUUCUCAAGGCUGUGGUCAACAGCAAAGAAGAAGAACUGCGCAAGAACGGCUAUAAAAAGUCACAAAGUGCCUCUCUGCAUAAGUACUGUUCUGGCUUUACAGCGGUUGAUAUGGACGAACCUCGCUGCAAAGCCAAUUAGAAUAGAGGACGUCACUGUUACAAGUGCAGGGUUAAUGCGUCGGCUCCUUCGGAGCACGAAGUGUCCUGCGUGAACCAGAUUGUGAAAGACUUGAAUUAAAGUUGUAAAGAGUAAUUCUCUGCCCAAUGAAACAUGUACUGCUCGACUUGCCUGAGCCUCUUGACGCAACAAACGACAACAAUAAACUUGAUCUCGUUUAUGGACAGAACCUUCGGAUGAGAUUAAACAAACCAGAUUCUUCUCAUUGCAGAUCUUGUUUUAAUUUAAUAUGUAACUAGGAUUGAAGUUUAGUUUAACAUUUCAUUAUAAAGUGGUAUUUUACGGAAUUUGUAAAUUACAUUCAUUUCGUAGUCAUACCAAAGAAUGUGUUUACUAUUUGAAAUUGCCCUCGUUUUAACAGUGUUAAACAUUGUUCAUUCCGUUUUACUGCCCUAAAUGUUCGCUCCAAUUCGAGAAUGUUACUAUCAUAUUUUUCGUUUAGUACAAGACUACAAGUCUUUGUACUGAUUUUCUUAUUUUCCGUUCAUUAUUUCUAUUAUACAUAGAUUUGAAUUAUUCGUAAGAAUGAUAGGUCUGUAAAAUUGGACAAUAUAUUUUCUAUCAACUGUAUUUGGUUCAUUGUUUUGUAGUGGUAAUGGAAUUGAUUGAAGAAUGGAUGUUCCCACUCAUCGAUAUGUAUUAAUUUUUUUAAGCUCAAGGCUUUCUGACCCAUUUUUCACGUUUUCCUUCAUGUUUUCGUGCUUUAUUUGUUCCGUUUCAUUCAAUUUACUGAAUGAACAUAAUGAAUGAGAAGUCGUGCAAUUUAUUUCGCUGAAGAUACUCAGUGUAUGAAUUUGUUAUUUUGUAGUUUGACUACUAAAACUACACUUCAUGUGCUUGUCGAGAAAAAAAAAACGCAAUCGCGAUGAUGUGAAUGAGAA